CCGUCUCAACAGCCUCAACGCACCUUUCGACCGCAUCCCGGAAAGGCUCUAGAAAACAAACUUCCCACCUUUAAACCACCCUCAGAUCGUUUUCAGCGCGGGACCAGGCACCCCGUUGCGAGGCACGUCUCCGAACCCAGGAAACCAGACUCACCCACCUCCAUCUCUUCAGCAUGUCUAGCUCGGUGAUGACGAGCUGUCUCGAGGAAGCGAUCGAGUUCCUCCCUGGUCGUUUGUUCUACGUGCCGCUGAAGAAGGCGCCGCCUCGUAUUUCUGGCACGCACUUCUUCUCCAUCGAUGAUGAACUCAUGUACUGGAACUUUUACCUCGAUUUUGGCCCACUCAACCUCGGACACACUUUUGUGUUCUCAGAGACGCUCAAUAAAAAACUGUCGGCCGCGGCUAAGGCAGGUGAAGUCGUCUACUUCCACUCGUCAACUCAGGGACAGCGUCGGGCCAAUGCCGUCUGCAUCUUGGGCUGCUGGGCUGUUCUGUUCCAGAAAAUGAAUGCAGAGAAGGCCUACGCUCCCUUCCAGCGCAUGCGCUUCCCUCCGUUCCACGACGCCACUCCGUCGGUCUGCACUUUUAACUUGACUAUUCUUGACUGUCUCAAGGGCCUCGAACGCGCGAUGAAAAGUAGCUACAUCUCCACUAAGACGUUUGAUCUGCACGAGUUCCAGCACUAUGAACGGGUCGAGAACGGUGAUCUCACGUGGGUUUCACCCAAGUUCAUAGCCUUUGCAGGGCCGCACAACGUGUAUCAACGCACUCCUCAGGGGCACGUCAUGCUCACCCCGGAGCACUACAUACCAUACUUCAAGAAGCGCAACGUCACAUUGGUAGUGCGUCUCAAUGACAAACAGUACGACGAGAAGAAGUUCCUGUCGGCGGGCAUCGAUCACAUUGACUUGAUCUACCCGGACGGCACAAAUGCGCCUAUGCCGAUCUUAAUGAAGUUCAUUGAAGCUUGCGAGAAGACUCCCGGAGCCGUGGCGGUGCACUGCAAAGCUGGGCUUGGACGCACAGGUACCUGUAUCGGCGCAUACAUGAUGAAGCACCACUUGUUCUCGGCUCACGAGCUCAUCGGGUGGCUGCGUCUGUGCCGACCGGGUAGUGUCAUUGGACCGCAGCAACAGUUCAUGGAGGCUAUCGAGAGUAGGAUGCACCAGCUCAACCCGUCCAAGGGUGGAAGCUCCAAGGGCGAAAUGAUUCCGAUGUCAUCGGUAUAUGGUCCUUCGACCCCCAACCGUGGUGGCAACAUCCGAACUACUAUGGUUUCGAUUCGUAGUGCAGGAGCAGGCAUCAUCACGACUAGUCGGAUUGUCUUGAACUCUCAGGUCGGCCUCGACAAGUCCCAGGGCGAUAAGCUCAACGACCAAAAGUGCAUGCGCUACCUGAACUCUCCCAAGUCAAGCACGCCAAGCGGCGGGAACAUGUUAAGGUAGACUAUACGUGCGCAACAGAGAUUCACAGCUGAGCUAGGAAAGAUACACAAGCCCCAUCCUUCUAACCUGCAAUAAAGCGAUCAUUUACUAGGUGA